CGCCCUUGGCGAGGAGACCCCGCGCCUACAGUGAGAGGUGAAACCAAGAUGGCGGCCGUGCAGUGACUGAGGCUGAGACAGGAGGACGUGAGCGGCCAGUGUCUCGACCACCUCCUCCGCUCGCGGAGGGGCUUCGCUCCCUCGCCGGGUGCUCGGGACGGAGCUGACGACGCGGAAAGAGAGAGGAAGCUCCGUCUGAGCAAAGUAGCAGUGAGAGUCACGGGAGCAAGAAGAACAUGGCGGCAGCAGCAGCGGCGGCGGCGUCUGGCUGGAAGUACACUCGCCGCUGCUCUUGAGGGGCACUGAUGGGGCUGCCGGGGCGCUGAGACCGCCUGCGCGCCCAGCCCAUUCGGCCUGCUUCCUCUCCCCGCCCCCAUCCGUGCAGGCUGCUGCGUCCUCCGCCCUCAGCUUAGGCCGCGGCCUUCUCUGGGAAGAAGCGGCGCCCCCGCCUCGGUCCUUUAGUCUUGACCAGCCGAGAGCACAAGAGGGGGCUUCGGGCCUGGCCCUCCCUUGCACAAUAGGACAGUCAGAGGACGAGCCGAUCCCCUCUUGGGUGCUUCCUUCUUUCCCCUUCCCUGCCCCAUCUCCUUCUGUCACCCCUGCCCCCAGUCACAGCUCCCGGUUGUACCCCGGCUUUUCCUCCUCGUUAAUUUGGUAUUUCUACCUACCAUUCUGUGGGUUAUUUGUGUAACUAGCUAAUCUUUCCCGCUCUCCUUUCGUGUCAUCGAUCUGCUUCCUCCCUUCGUUCCUUUUCCCCUGCUACUUGUCAGUUACCUCAGAUUUUCUCUCUUAUUAGUGCCAGCCUUGUUGGCGAAUUUUGGCAUUCCCAUUGGUUUGCUACCUGAUACUCCUUCCUAUUCUUAUAUCUUUCCCUUUAUGUCUCUUUUUGUUCUGUUUCUUUUCAACGGUAUUUUUGCUACUUCCUCUUCUCUCCCAUUCUACUAUCUUGCUGCUUCACUGCAAAACUUCUGGCCUCUCAUUUUGCAUUGGCAAAUCCCCCCUUUUGGGGAUGAUGAGGCAGCUAAUUUAGCAGUGGCAGUAAAGACAACUGUUUGUGGUAUCGUGUGGGACUUUUACUCCCUUUCCUGCUCCCCUUUAUUGAGGGGGGCAAAGCCCCCCAUCGCAUUUCGGCUUCCUUGACUUUCUAGGCCUUUGUGGUGUGCCAAGAGACAGGAUGACUGAUACCCGGAGGAGGGUGAAGGUUUACACUCUGAAUGAAGAUAGACAGUGGGAUGAUCGAGGCACUGGACAUGUGUCCUCUGGCUAUGUGGAAAAGCUGAAGGGCAUGUCCCUGCUUGUCAGGGCAGAGAGUGAUGGUUCACUUCUUCUGGAAUCAAAAAUCAAUCCAAAUACUGCAUACCAGAAGCAACAGGACACACUGAUCGUGUGGUCUGAAGCAGAGAACUAUGAUCUGGCGCUUAGCUUUCAAGAAAAGGCUGGAUGCGAUGAAAUAUGGGAAAAAAUAUGUCAGGUUCAAGGGAAAGAUCCUUCGGUGGACAUCACUCAGGAUCUGGUGGAUGAAUCUGAAGAGGAACGCUUUGAUGAUAUGUCAUCCCCAGGUUUAGAAUUGCCAUCUUGUGAAUUAAGUCGAUUAGAAGAAAUUGCAGAACUUGUGGCAUCUUCACUGCCUUCCCCAUUGCGACGUGAGAAACUUGCUUUAGCACUGGAAAAUGAGGGCUAUAUUAAAAAGCUCUUAGAAAUUUUUCACGUGUGUGAGGACUUGGAGAAUAUUGAGGGACUGCACCAUUUGUACGAAAUUAUUAAGGGAAUCUUCCUUUUGAAUAGAACUGCACUUUUUGAAGUCAUGUUUUCUGAAGAAUGUAUAAUGGAUGUAAUUGGAUGCCUAGAAUAUGACCCCUCUUUAUCACAGUCACGGAAACACAGGGAAUUUCUGACAAACACUGCAAAAUUUAAAGAAGUUAUUCCAAUAUCUGAUCCAGAAUUGAAACAGAAGAUACAUCAGACAUACAGAGUACAGUAUAUUCAAGAUAUGGUUCUACCUACUCCUUCGGUAUUUGAGGAAAACAUGUUGUCAACUCUUCAUUCAUUCAUCUUUUUUAAUAAAGUAGAAAUAGUUGGUAUGUUGCAGGAGGAUGAAAAGUUUUUGACAGACCUAUUUGCACAACUUACAGAUGAAGCUACAGAUGAGGAGAAAAGGCAAGAAUUGGUAAACUUCCUUAAAGAGUUUUGUGCAUUUUCUCAAACUUUACAACCUCAAAACAGAGAUGCUUUCUUCAAAACAUUGUCUAAUAUGGGCAUUCUUCCAGCAUUAGAAGUCAUCCUAGGUAUGGAUGAUGCACAAGUGAGAAGUGCAGCUACUGAUAUAUUUUCCUAUUUGGUGGAAUAUAGUCCAUCUAUGGUACGAGAGUUUGUUAUGCAGGAAGCUCAGCAGAAUGAUGAUGAUAUCUUACUCAUUAACCUCAUCAUAGAACACAUGAUUUGUGAUACAGAUCCUGAACUUGGAGGAGCAGUCCAGCUGAUGGGUCUGUUACGUACCUUGGUGGAUCCAGAAAAUAUGUUAGCUACUGCCAAUAAAACAGAAAAGACAGAAUUCUUGGGGUUCUUUUAUAAACAUUGUAUGCAUGUUCUCACUGCACCUUUAUUGGCCAAUACUACGGAGGAGAAGCCUAGCAAAGAUGACUUUCAGACAGCCCAACUAUUGGCCUUGAUAUUAGAGUUACUAACUUUCUGUGUAGAACAUCAUACAUACCAUAUAAAGAACUACAUUAUUAACAAGGAUAUACUUCGAAGAGUGCUAGUUCUGAUGGCCUCCAAGCAUGCUUUCUUGGCACUAUGUGCUUUGCGUUUUAAAAGAAAGAUAAUUGGACUGAAGGAUGAAUUCUACAACCGUUACAUAAUGAAGAGUUUUUUGUUUGAACCAGUGGUCAAAGCAUUUCUCAACAAUGGCUCCCGCUAUAAUCUGAUGAACUCUGCUAUUAUAGAAAUGUUUGAGUUCAUUAGAGUGGAAGACAUAAAAUCCUUAACAGCUCAUGUAAUUGAGAAUUACUGGAAGGCUCUAGAAGAUGUAGAUUAUGUGCAGACAUUCAAAGGUUUGAAAUUGCGUUAUGAACAACAAAGGGAAAGACAAGAUAAUCCCAAACUUGACAGCAUGCGGUCCAUCUUGAGAAACCAUAGAUACAGGAGAGAUGCAAGGACCUUGGAAGAUGAAGAAGAAAUGUGGUUCAAUACUGAUGAAGAUGAUAGGGAAGAUGGAGAAGCAAUUGACAAAAAUAAAAAUGAUGAAGAUAUUAUGGAUCCUCUAAGUAAAUUUAUGGAAAGAAAAAAAUUUAAAGAAAGUGAAGAAAAGGAGGUCCUUCUGAAAACCAAUAUUUCUGGUCGCCAGAGCCCAAGUUUUAAACUUUCCUUCUCUAGUAGUACAAAGACUAACCUCACCAGCCAAUCAUCUGCAAGUAAUUUGCCUGGGUCUCCUGGGUCACCAGGAUCUCCUGGGUCACCAGGAUCUCCUGGGUCGGUUUCUAAAAGCACAUCUCAGAUGGCAGCUAUAACUACCAAGGGAGGAUUAGUGGGGCUUGUAGAUUACCCUGAUGAUGAUGAUGAGGAUGAUGAAGAAAGCCUACCUUUGUCACAGAAAGCAAAGCUAGAGUCCUCAUAAUGACACCUGUGAAGAUCAACAUACAAGAUACUGCUUGGGUGAUAAACUAGGUUUCUAGGGGGUGGGACAGGCCAUAAUCAAAAACUGCAGUCUGUAGUGGAUUACUGUGUGUAACACAGAUCAGCUUUUUUUUAAAAAAAAAUUGGAAUUCUGCUAAUCAAGUGCCAAUUUGAAGGAGCAGAAGAAGAGGAAAUACUACGCUUUAUGGAAGACAUGCCUUUGACCUCUCCAGCUUGGACCACGCAUUGCCCUUUUCUCAGGGAAGGAAAUGGAAAAUAUAAAGCCAACAGGGCAGGAAUUUUGGUAGUGGAAUUCUGGAUUGGCUGUUCAGUUGUUAACAAUCAGAAUAUGCUUUCUUGGACCAUGUACAAGACUUUGAAGAAAAGGCUUUUCUGCCAUAAUUCUUCUCUCGCUAAGAAUGCCAGCAGUUUCUUUGUAUAAAGAGACCUCCCUUUAAACCAUACAUUCUGAACAUUUUAGUCAAGCUACAACAGGUUUUAAAGAAAAAAACUCUUUGGGGGAGGGCUGAACAUACGUUUCCUCUUUUUUAAAAAAUCUGUUCCCUUUGCCCUUUAAACUGCAGAUUUUUGUUUGGAGGUGGGGGAUUUGUCUAUCCCUUGAUUAAAAGAUUGAAUGGAAUUCUAGAUGUCACUUUUGUGUCAUAAUUUUAUUUUUAUUUGCCCCGAGUGUAUGCUUAAUUGUUGAGUAUAUAUUUGGGACCAUUAAAAUUUUUUGAUGUAAUAUAA